CUACAUCGUCUCUGCCCAAGGCCUAUUUCUCUCUUGAAUACAUAGCCAACGACGAGCGCGGAUCCCAUCGCCGACGCGACCAUGUCGACCCCGACAAGCACAACGCCCUCCGGCAACCCCGCUGCCCACCUUCAGGUGCCCGGACAACAUGCGGAGGUCUCUCAUCGCCUCAAGAACGUUCCUGGAUACACCACGCCUGUCUUCGCCGGCAAGGAGGAGCAGCGUGCUAAGGUCCAGGCCAAUGUGGCUGCCAAGGGUUUCAUUCCGCGCGAACUCGUGGUGAACGAGGUGAACUGGUUCUACACCCAUCUCGGCAUCGACGACACCUACUUCCAGUCCGAGUCCGUGGAGGUCAUCUCCGAUCACAUCAUCGCGCUUUUUGGUGCGAAAGUCCUCGCAUACACCAAGCACGACCCCAGCAAACUCGUGAUCGAUCUCGAGAAGAUCGACGAGAAUGGCGCGACUUUCAUUCACAGCAGUUCACCAGGAAAGACCUCCACCGAGGGUCCUGGCGCAACCUGCGAAACACGCAUCGACGAGCUCUUCCUCGAUAAUUCGACGCCUGAGCAGGCUUUCCGUCUCGAGACAUACCGCUCGCAGGGUAGCAUUUCGGCAACCGCGUCACAGCAGCUGCGUUGCUACUUCGUCAACAAGUGCAACUUCCCAGCGGAGCCACCGAAGUCCAGCCGGACCGAUGAGAAGACAGACAUCCGCACCGUUUCCGACCCCAUCUUCCUGGAGAAAGCGAGUGAGAACACGCUCGAGAUCUACCAGCGCGUUAUGUGGAAUGUCGAGCAGCGCUUCGGGCCUGUCAUCGAGGUCUUCGAAGUCGAGGGCUCUCGCGAGCGCCGGAUGGUCAUCGGUUACAAGAUGAACGGCACGAAGAAGUUCUUCAGCGCGCUCUCUAACCUCUACCAUUUCUACUCGCUCUACUCCGCAAGGAAGUAUGUUGAGCAAUUCUCGAACGGUAUCACGAUCAUCUCAUUGUACCUGAACCCGCUGCCGGGCGCGAAUGCACCCCCUAUCGAGCACUCGAUCUUCCAAGUAAUGAAGGAGGCUUCGCUGCUCUACUGCUUGCCGGACAACCCUUUCUUCUACGCGGGCAAGGGCCCAAGCGGGGACCACGCUGUACAGGAAGCGACAUAUGCUUACUGUGGAUGGGUCUUUGCACAGCACUUCUGUAACAGGCUCGGUCAGGCGUACCUCGCACUGAAGGGCGUCCUUGAUGAGACUAACCCGACCCACGCGAGCGUGCUCAACGACAUCAAGCGUCGCUUCAGGGAAGAGACUUUCACCCGCGAGAGUAUCGCCGAGGUGAUCCAUGCACACGCGGACUUGGUGAGCAAUAUUCCUAGCACGUACGAAACUAGGUUUCUGACGAUAUUGCAGAUCAACCUGCUCUAUGUCAACUUUGCGAUGACUCACUAUCCCGAGACCGACGAGGCCGCACAACUCAUGCCGACUCUCUCCUACCAGCGUCUCCGCACACAGAUGCCGCUCACUGAUACCGAGCUCUACGACCGCAUCCGCCGGACUGUGCCCAACAAGCACGAGCUACAGGUCCUCGAGAGCUUCCUCAUCUUCAACAAGCAUGUAUUGAAGACAAACUUCUACCAGCCCACGAAGGUAGCGCUCUCCUUCCGACUCGCACCGGACUUCCUGCCCGAGGUCGAGUACCCGAGGAAGCCGUUUGGCAUGUUCUUCGUGAUUGGCGGGGAGUUCCGUGGCUUCCACCUCCGCUUCAAGGACGUUGCUCGUGGUGGCAUUCGUAUCGUCAUGUCCAGGAACCGGGAGAACUACUCGAUCAAUCAGCGUAUGCUGUUCGACGAAAACUACGGCUUGGCCUCGACACAGACCCUCAAGAACAAAGACAUCCCCGAAGGAGGUGCUAAGGGUACCAUUCUUCCCUCGUUGGGGGAAAACCCGAAACUGUGCUUCGAGAAGUAUGUCGAUGCUAUGAUCGACCUCUUGAUUCCGGGACAGACCCCUGGAAUCAAGGAGCGUUUGGUCGACUUGUACGGCAAGCCGGAGCUCCUGUUCUUCGGCCCCGAUGAGGGUACAGCAGACCUCAUGGACUGGGCUGCGUUGCAUGCGCGCGCUCGUGGGGCCGACGCAUGGUGGAAGUCGUUCACGACCGGAAAGAGCGCUGAGACGCUCGGUGGUGUCCCCCACGACGUAUACGGCAUGACGUCACUGUCAGUGCGCCAGUACGUCCUCGGGAUCUACAAGCAGCUCGGUCUGCGGGAGAAAGACAUCACGAAGGUGCAGACUGGUGGUCCUGACGGUGAUCUCGGAUCGAAUGAGAUUUUGCUCAGUUCAGACAAGACUGUCGCGAUCAUCGACGGCAGUGGUGUGCUGCACGACCCUGCUGGGCUGAACAGGGAAGAGCUCGUGCGCCUUGCAAAGGCACGCAAGCCUGUGGGCUUCUUCGACAAGUCAAAGCUCAGCAAGGACGGAUACCUCGUCAAGGUGGAGGACCAGGAUGUCAAAUUGCCAUCUGGAGAAGUUGUGCUUGACGGCACCGACUUCCGCAACGGCGCACACCUGCGGUUCAAGGGUGACCUGUUUGUGCCCUGCGGCGGACGGCCUGAGGCUGUCAACAUCUCUAACGUGGCUGCGCUCGUCGACUCUGAGGGCAAACCUCACUUCAAGUACAUUGUGGAAGGCGCCAACCUCUUCCUCACACAGCAGGCUCGCCUGUUCCUAGAGAAGCGCAAAGUCGUCCUCUUCAAGGACUCCAGCGCGAACAAGGGCGGCGUGACGAGCUCCUCGCUCGAGGUGCUCGCCGGCCUCAGUCUAUCGUCCGAGGAGUACCUGGAGCACAUGAUCUUCAAGGACGGCAAGCCGUCUCCAUUCUACCAGAGCUACGUGCGCGACAUCCAGCAGAAGAUCACGGAGAACGCGGCGGCGGAGUUCGCGUGCAUCUGGCGCGAGCACGCGCGCCUGCAGGGCGCGAAGCCGCGCACGAUCAUCUCGGACGAGCUGUCCAGCAAGCUCAACGACCUCCAGGAGGAGCUCGAGGACUCGGACUUGUUCAACGACGAGCCCAGCAAGCGCGGCGUCAUGCGCCGUGCGAUUCCGAAGACGCUGGUGGACCAGGUCGGGCUCGAUGCCCUGCUGGGCCGCCUUCCUGUCACGUACCAGCGCGCGCUGUUCUCGAGCUGGGUCGCGUCGCACUUCAUCUACAAGUACGGCGUGAACGCGUCGUCUGUGGACUUCUUCCACUUCGCGCGUGACCUCGCGGCAUAGGAAAAGAAUAUCAAGGGUAAAUCUAGACGGCCUCGUUCCAAGCUCACUUGUCGCAAAGUCGCAUUCGUCGUCGCUCUGGAUAUGGGUAUCGGAAAUGGACUCGCAUCGUACACCAACUAAUAUCGCGCGGAGACUUGUGUCGUUUGUACCAAAGCAGCUGUACCUAUCACGUUCGUAGAAGAAUUGUAUAACACGAAGAUGUUCCCUUUCUCUAAUCCUGUGAGUUGUUCGACUACAAUAUCAGCAAAACUUGUAACUGC